CUCGAUAAUCUUUGUUUCCUUGUGCUGUUGAAGCGCAAAUGCUCAAAAUGUCGGCACUCCUACAGAGAAGGCCGUCCCUUGCAGUGAGGUGUCCACUCGACCUCGGAACCUCCACCCUCUCGCGAAGUGCUGCUCGACGUGCGUACGCCGUACAUGCCCAGUCACAACCUCAUCCGCGAAGAAAGGCGGCGGUUCCUCCCUACCAGAAGAUCCUCAAGAGGUUCGAAGAAGUCCGCACGAUACUCGGCUCGCGAAAAUUGACAUUGGCUGAAAAGAUUCUUUACGCCCAUCUCGACAAUCCAGAAGAAUCACUAUUGACCAACACCGACAAUGGCAAGAAUAUUCGCGGCAAUGCAAACCUCAAGCUUAAACCCGACCGAGUCGCCAUGCAAGAUGCCUCUGCACAGAUGGCUAUUCUACAAUUCAUGACUUGCAAUUUGCCUUCCACCGCCGUACCUGCGAGCAUACAUUGCGAUCAUAUGAUUGUGGGCGAAAAUGGCGCAGACACAGACUUGCCGAAUUCGAUUGCCGGGAACAAGGAAGUCUUCGACUUUUUGGAGUCUGCAGCAAAGAGAUAUGGUAUAGAAUUCUGGCCUCCGGGUGCUGGAAUUAUACAUCAGACUGUCCUUGAAAAUUAUGCCGCCCCUGGCUUGAUGAUGCUGGGCACAGAUUCGCACACUCCAAAUGCGGGCGGUCUGGGCGCGAUUGCAAUUGGUGUUGGCGGCGCGGAUGCUGUCGAUGCCCUUGUCGACGCUCCAUGGGAGCUCAAAGCUCCAAAGAUGUUGGGUGUCCGUUUGGAGGGCAAGCUCAGUGGCUGGGCGUCACCCAAGGAUGUGAUUCUUCAUCUUGCAGGCCAGCUCACCGUUCGUGGUGGUACCGGCUCCAUCAUUGAAUACACUGGUCCAGGACUCGACACACUCAGUUGCACCGGCAUGGCCACGAUCUGCAACAUGGGCGCUGAAGUUGGCGCGACGACUUCCAUAUUCCCCUUUACCGAGAGUCACAUCCCUUACCUCCAGGCCACUGGACGCGCAGCUCUUGUCGACGCUAUCAAGGGAAUUGCAUAUGGCUCUGAGCAGUUCAACUUCCUCCGUGCAGAUUCAGGUGCCGAAUACGACCGAGAAGUCACCAUCAAUUUGUCUAGUCUUGAACCACAUAUCAAUGGACCGUUCACACCAGAUCUAUCUACACCAUUGUCUAAGUUCAAAGACGCCGUCGAAACUAACAAAUGGCCUGGUACAUUCUCGGCUGGACUGAUCGGCAGUUGCACGAACAGUUCCUACGAGGAUAUGACCAGAGCGGAAGACUUGGUGAAGCAAGCACAAGCUGCAGGUCUCAAGCCCAAAUCCGACUUUUUCAUCACUCCUGGAAGCGAGCAAGUCCGCGCCACUUUGGACGAUAGUAAGACUCUCCAAACCUUCGAAGGCGCUGGAGGAACCGUGCUCGCUAAUGCUUGCGGUCCUUGCAUUGGUCAGUGGAAGCGUACCGAUGGGAUGAAGAAAGGUGAAGACAAUGCCAUCAUCUGCUCAUACAAUCGGAAUUUCCCAGGCCGCAACGAUGGCAACCCUCGAACGAUGAGUUUCCUGGCUUCUCCGGAGAUCGUCACAGCCAUGUCGUUCUCCGGAUCGACUUCAUUCAAUCCCAUUACUGACGAGAUCCCUCUGCCGUCGGGCGAAAAGUUCAAGUUUGAACCCCCCAAGGGAACUGCGCUACCAGGAUCUGGCUUCGCCAUAGGCAACCCGGCUUUCUUGCCAUCGUCCGCCGAGCCUGACUCAAGCGUGCAAGUUGUUGUUGACCCUGAGUCCGACCGGUUGGCUCUCUUGGAGCCUUUCGAGACAUUCCCGGAGGGCGAUCUUAAAGGAUUGAAAGUCCUCUACAAAGUAAAGGGCCAAUGUACGACCGACACCAUAUCGGCUGCUGGUCCAUGGCUCAAAUACAAGGGACAUCUACCAAACAUUGCAGAAAACACCCUGAUUGGCGCAAUCAACGCCGCCACUGGAGAAACCAAUACUGCCUAUGACGCUGAUGGUUCCAAAUCAUCAAUUCCAGAGCUUGCCAAGAAGUGGAAGCAGAAAGGCCAGCAUUGGCUUGUGGUGGCUGAAGACAAUUACGGUGAGGGAUCUGCGCGAGAACACGCAGCACUCCAGCCCAGAUAUCUGGGCGGGCAAGUCAUUUUGGCUAAGAGCUUUGCACGUAUCCAUGAGACCAAUUUGAAGAAGCAAGGAGUCGUACCCUUGACUUUCGCCAACAAAGAAGAUUAUGAUCGUAUCGACGCUUGCGAUUCGGUCGAUACUGAAGGCCUCUGGGACGUUUUGAGAAAUGAUGGACAAGGCGAAAUUCGACUGAAGGUCACUAAGAUAAACGGGGAGACUUUCACGAUCCCGGUCAAGCACACUUUGAGUAAGGAUCAAUGCGGAUUUAUUCUGGCUGGCAGUGCAUUAAACUUGCUUGCGAAGCGCAACAGGCCAGAGUAAGUCGAUCUUCUAUUUGGUAUGCUGCCAAAACGAUAUGGCUAGCCAGACUCGGCCUCGUGGUUUGCGGAUCGUGGCUCCCAUGAUCGUCCGACCCUGGUCACCGCUAUUCGAUAACGGCGACUGCCGUGAAAGGCAUACUUGACAGCAAACAGGCAGACUUUAAAGGCGAACAUCUCCACCUGGGCUGAUUCAUACUACUACACAAGCUUUGGAAGCUGGUCUGCGUCGCUCCAUCUCAUCGAUAGCAACGACAAUUCUCCAUCCUGAUUGUAGACCACGCGCGGGAUUGCGGCAACUCAACGUACUCCAUUUAUCAGCAGCAUGAGUGAGUCACUGGGAUUUCUCUUGGCGAACAAAAACUCAUCCCGUAACCCCCGAAGGGAUUGUGGGAAUAUAAAACCAGGAAACCAGAUUUUUAAAGGAGCAACACCGAUGCGACUCGAACCCUACCACCCAUUACUCCCGACUCUCUCCAGGAUAUUGCUCAAGUUCACAGGCGACAUGCUGGUAAGCAUUGCGCUCAUGAACUCCAGAAGGGAUUCUGGGUACUAUGAAGGAAGGCCUUUUGUGUUCAGACAAGAGUCCCAUUGUUGAACAAAAUUUGAAAAACAUAAUAUAUCAAGUGAACAUUUUCUGUGACUGUGACUGGAGUGGGUAUGUGUAUAUUGAUUGCGCCAAGGAAGUGUUGUGCGAUUGUUGAAUACACCACUAUUCUUUCUGACGAGGACUCGAGUUAAGUGAAAGAUAUUGCGCUAUGAGAUUUCUCUCAUCUUGUCGGCGAUCUACAUCAAUGACUCCACGAUCAAGCAUUGGAAUGGGGUAGGAACGGUAUCAAUGUCAGGUUUGACGGAAACAUCCCAACCUGUAUCACAUUUGGGACACCAAGGUCGUUGCACAACUUGCAAUUAGCUCGUCUGACGAACAUUCCGCCAAAACCUUGACCACCCACAUGAAGGCCGGUGCUUAAGGUUGGGACGUGGACGAGCCUGAAUGACACGCGUUCGACGGCACGGAGCUGGGAAAGUGAGGCGAAUGACUGUGUCUGCAACGAUGUGCUCAGUGUCUGAAUCGAUGCAGUCGAAGGAUGCGAUCCGAGUGGAAGCUAUUACCAGGCACUUUUUUGACGUGGCAAGGACGCAAAUAGCAUGAGCAGGGUACAGGUUGGGGGGCCCUGGCUGAAUUUGAUUUUCCCUGGACAGAAUGCCUCGUACUGUUGCGAUACUUGAGGUUUUAAAGGACGGCGGAGUCUAAGCAGUCCCGACCACAUAUGCUUGGACGUUUGCCCAACGAGAAGUCCGAUCUGCUGGUGGUGUCUAUUUUCUGCGUCGCUCCACAUAACCGGAUCCUUUGCGUGUGUCGAGUCUUGUUCUCACCCGGUGCCCUUUGUACGUCAAGGUAGCCAGUCUCUUGCGAGGCCGCCACUUGCAUAGAAUACAAUGUUCCAGGCAUUCAGAAUCGGCUCUCGUAGUGGCGAAGUAUCCUCGUGUUCAGCUAGGUGAAGAUCAAAGGCUGAAAGCCAAGGCGUGCUGAAAGAACUCACGAGGCUAGACGGAGUACAAGGAGUAUCAAACGGCUAGCCUACCUAUUGUAGGUGGUUGUCUCGUGUCAGUCCGUAUUACCAUCCAGCACUCCUGGCGCUCUUGGACGAGAGAGGGAUAAAUUGCGAAAAACAACGGCCACUCUCCAUACAAGAUACUGUACUAGUUCGACAAUAGGAAAGUAAUCUGCAGCUCUAUUUCCCUUUUCAAAGACAAGAAGAAGAAGAAAAUGUCAUCCAUUUAUUCCGGAGUCAGUCAUCCC